UGCCCUCUGUCUUUCGCAGCUCUACAUCCUCACCAUCGUCCCGCGACUCUACUACAUCAGGUACACUCCACCAUGGCGGAUUUACCGCCUCCGUCAUCUCAAGAGAGCCAGUAUUUCGAACACCACAAGAUCGCUUUCCAGAAAGAGAACUUCCAGUCAUCGCCCCCAAGACCGCAGAGCAGAUCGUCCAAUGCCUACAGCACGCAGAAGCCCAAAGGCCUCCCGACCAUUACGCCCAGGAGGUUCAGAAAGUUCUUCCAGCCACAGAAGUCCGUCUCGACAAGAGGCAGCCGCACCAGCAAAGCAGGCCGGCAAUUACGAGACAUCACCAGGAAUGGCGUCAAUCGACGAGCAGCUGGCGAUGUUCGGGUCGUCGAUGACUUCGUGCCGGGUCCAGAGUACUCUUCCAGCUGUGCCAGACCAUUGAAAAGACGGAAAUUCUCUGCAGACAUUCACAGUUCGCCACUGCAGUCCUCGCCACUGCGCCAUGGACAGGUAGCAGAGCCUAUUGACAUAUUCGACGGGGAGCUUUCUGAAGCGGAGACUUUGCCAGACCUGCUGCGAAAGCUGGAACCACGCCCGAAACAAAUUCAACGCUUGCGUAGACCCGGUCCAUCGCGCCGUAUUAUGGAGAGAAGCUUCGGCGGCUUCGAUGCACUUUCCCAAGGCUUCCGCGGCGUGGACCACGGUGUCGACUGGCGAGCAGAGACUGCGGACUUUGUCACCACUCCACAAGACUCACGAGUCUUUGGGAGUGGUCCAGCAUUGCCCUUCUGCACCACGGCGUGCAAUACGAAUCCGCUCGUAGCCGUAGGUGACGAGGAAGGCUCUGUGCACAUCAUGGACUCAUCUCUCGCCGCAGAAUUCAGUCAGCUACACUUGAAAAUCAAGGUGCACAGCAAUGCUGUGAUGGACAUUGCUUUCAGCUCAGACGACUACAUUCUGGCAACAGCUAGUGGUGAUCAAACUGCUCGUGUGGUCGACAUGCAAUCCCAACGAACAAUAUGUAUCCUCAGUGGCCACAAAAGCAGUGUAAAACAAGUCCGCUUCCAGCCUACUGACGACAACAUGAUCACAACCAGCUCUCGCGACGGGAGCAUCCAGCUGUGGGAUCUGCGAUGUGGCGGCAAGUCGGCUGUACAGAACUUCAGGACAUCUCUGAAGAGCCGUAGUGGCGGAGUUUCACCAGAGACACGCUAUGGCAAGACGCUUGAAGUCGCUUAUGGUCAUAAGUCUGACGAGCGAAGCUACAACUCAGGUCAGCGGGAUGAGCUGUCCAUCACAUCAUUUCACCACUUGCCCAAUGGACGGGAACAUAUGAUCAUCACUUCGAGCGAGGUUGACGCUUCCGUCAAGCUGUGGGAUGUGCGUAAUGCUGGCAUGUCGGCACGAAGAGGAGCACCUGUCCCUGUCUCAAGCACUCCCGUACCCGCUGCACAUGGCAGUAAGCGGAACUUUGGCAUCAAUGCCAUGGCGCUCUCGGGCGAUGGCAGCAGACUCUAUACCGUUUGCAGAGACUGGACUGUAUAUGCAUAUUCCUUGAAUCAGAUCGUCCUCGGUAAUGCGCCGGAGAUGUCUUCGGGAUCAAGCAGGCGUCGUAUGUUGAAGGAGCCAAUGCCGGGCCUGGGCCCACUCUACGGCUUCAAGCAUCCCCAGCUGCGACUGGCCACCUUUUACAUCAAGGCUGCAUUGCGGCCUGCAGCAGGCGGCAAAGGCGAGAUGCUCGCUGUCGGUAGCUCGAACAAUUGCCCAGUGGUAUUUCCAACCGAUGAGCGACAUCUUCCUCAACGAGAGCGACCUUCUCAAGACGACCAGGAGGAUGAGGAGGAUUAUGGUCUUCCAGCACCAGCAAGGGCCUCACAGCGAGCUUCCGGUUCCGAUGUACCGAUAUAUGAACAGGGCACAGCACUGGUUGGCGCACACUCAAAGGAGGUUACCUCCCUGGCAUGGACAACAGAGGGCAAUCUCAUCUCUGUUGGUGACGACUACUCGGCACGUUGCUGGCGCGAAGAUGCACAGAAGGCUCGAGCACUGAGGACAAAUGGUGACUUUGGAGGAGAGCGGUGGCAAAUGGGCUGGGCAGAUGUCGACGCUGAGUGGGAUGAGGAGGAGUGCUGAGCACGAAGUGCCCCUAUGCAUUGAAAAGUAGCAUGAACAAGGUCACUUGGCAACUGGAAUCUUUUUUUGGACGGCUACAACAGAGGCUUGAUGGGAAUUAUAGCUCUAGAGCAUAUUAUACCCUGUAUAAGGAGUGAGUUCUGUAGAUGAACAAACCAAC